AUGUUGCGACGAGUUAACUUUUAUUCAAUAUGUAUCGCAUUUGGUCUCAGUGUUCUCCUAAUUCUUGCUGGAAGUCGAUAUACAGAUAACACAAAUUAUCGUCCGUCCUCUGAAAACCGUAGAAAUAUCAAAAACUUUUUAAAAAUAGAUGAUGGAGAAGACAACUUCCUACAGUCAGUACCAACGAACCCUUAUGAUGGUUCUCCUAACAUCGAGAAAAUAAUUGAGAAAACGCGGUCUAAAAUCAAAUUUGAAUUGUGGAAUUACAAUUAUACUAUAUCUGGAGUCCACCGGCUUGAAGAUCUUCUUAUGGAAUCUGGUGGACGACCUCUAAGGAGUCUUAUAAUUUCCACUUGGAGAUCAGGUACAACUUUUCUUGGAGAGAUUUUAAAUUCAAUGCCUGGAACAUUUUACCACUAUGAGCCUCUUUUAAAAUAUGAAAUCAUACAGAUAAGAGGUCCUCCACAUUCUGACAAGGCUUUAAAAACAAUAAAGAGGAUGCUUAAAUGUAACUAUGAUGACAUGGAAGAUUAUUUUGAAUAUGGGAAAACGCAUUUGCACCAAUUCAGUCACAAUACUAGAUUAUGGGACCACUGUAAAUUUAAGAAAGAAUUGUGUUUUGAUUCUGAAUUUACUGCAAAGUUUUGUAGACUGUUCCCCUUUCAAAGUAUGAAAGUUGUUCGUGUAAGAUUACGUCUAGUUCAGGAGAUAUUGCAGGACAAAGAGCUUAAUGUUAAGGUGAUAUUGUUGAUUCGUGAUCCACGUGGGGUGAUGCAAUCGAGACAACAUCGUAACUUCUGUCAACCAGCACCAGACUGCUGGAAACCAGAGUUGCUUUGCGCUGACAUGAUUAGCGACUAUGUGGCCGCUGGACGGUUGUUGCAGCAGUAUCCUGACCGUCUUAUAGUAUUACGAUAUGAAGAUCUAGCAUUAAAUCCCAACAGCACGACGCAUCGCCUUUUCAAGUUCCUAGGGCUAGGUGUGACGCAGUCUGUCGAAGAGUUCCUGCACUCUCACACCAAUGUGGAAGUUGCCGGCGUUAGCUCAACCUUUAGGGUCUCCCGAGAUGUGCCUUUCAGAUGGAAGAACGUUCUGGACUUUGAUUACGUAGAAGAUAUACAGAUGACAUGCAAAGAAGCGAUGGGUCUUUGGGGAUACAAAAUGGCGCACAACGCUACGCACAUGGCCAGCAAAGAUUUUUAUCCUCUUGAGCAAUACUCUCUUACGCAGUGA